AUGGCUACUUACCAUAAUAUUUGUGCUACUGGUUUGCGCCGUAAUUUAAAAAACAAUCCCUUUGCUCUGAUGCUUCUCACGUCCCAUGAAAAAUUGAAUUACAUUCAUCGUCGGUUGUCCAUCUUUGCAUUGUUGUUUGGACUCAUUCAUGGAAUUGGGUACAUAGGAAUUGCCGUCGCUGAUAAUGUUCAUUACCGCUUGGCGAGCGGAAUGUAUUUAACAGGAUACGCAAUCAUAACCUUUACGGUUGUCAUUGCUACAAGCAGUAUCUCAUUCAUCCGGAAAAAAUAUUAUGAAUGGUUUUUUGUUUUGCACCACCUUUGCAGCAUCGGAUUAUUGUGUAGCAUUUGGCUUCACAGCCAGAAUGCCGCUGUUUAUAUGAAAGUGUGUGUAUCCCUGUAUGCCUUUGAUCGUGGUCUGCGUAUAUUGCGAAGUUUUUUAAAUUCUUCCAAGUUUCAGAUCUUCCUCUGGGAUGAUGAUUUGAUUUACUUGCGAGGACCAAAACCGAAAUCAUUAUUUUUUUCCUUACCCUGGGCGGCUGGAAGCCAUGUCUAUUUGAAUAUUCCUUCUCUCAGUUACUGGCAAUUGCAUCCCUUUACCAUGGUGAGUUCGCCCACUGGCGAUUAUGUUGAGAUGAUGAUUGCGGUACGGACAGGUUUCACGAAACGCCUUGCUGGCCAUGUUAAAAAGAGUGGAUCUGUAAAACAGGUCCUGCAUGAGGAAGAGGGAAAGCUUGGUCUGGAAAGUUCUUCUUGUAAAAGUGAGCAUUCAGAAAAACAACCCUCUUCCUGGUCGUGGUCCCCUACUUCUUUGGACGUACCCAGUCAUCAAAUGACUGUGUUGAUGGAUGGACCCUAUGGCCCUACGACGAAUCUUUACAAUAACUAUUCAUAUGUACUUUUCCUGUCGAGUGGUGUUGGUAUUACAUAUACUCUGCCGCUUUUAAAAGACAUCAUUCAAUCAAAGUCGUCAAAAACAAAGAAAAUUACGUUUGUCUGGAGCUGCAGAUCGAAAUCCCUUUUCGUAGCUAUUUUCAACUUAUUGAAAGAACUCAUGAAGGACGAGAGUCAGAUUCAACUAGACAUAACUUGUCACUUUACAAACAGUUAUUCAUACAGGGAGAUUCCGGAUAUUCAGUUCAUAUCAAACAAAAAUUUAUAUCUCCGACUUUUAGAUGGUCGUCCUCUUUUUGAUCACUAUUUGAAAUCAUGCUUGGAAGAAACACAAGGGCAGACCGCUGCCAUUGCGACUUGCGGUUCAGAGAGCUUCUUGAAACAUGUCAAAAAGAAUGUCACCUCAUGUGUAACAACUUCAGAUGAUUUGUUUCAACAUUACGAAGAAAUGUGA